UGUGUUUUUCUCCUCCUCUAAUGCCUCCUAAGCUACUCAAUCACCCUUCCCACCACUCAGUAAUUAUCUCAAACACUUACUCUCCACCAUUUUUUUCUCCUAUAUAAAGUUCUGGUUUUUUGCUUGCUAAAAUCCAUACAACCAAAUUCUUCAACAUGGGUUGUAAUUCUUCAUUGCUCCACAUACUGCUCCUCUCCCUAACCCUUCAACUUUUACGGGUCAAACCCGACCCGGAUCCACUUCAAGAUUACUGUGUUGCAGAUACAAAACCCAACCAAACCUUCUUCAUCAAUGGAGCACCAUGCAUCGACCCAGAGCUAGCAACAAGUUCCCAUUUCACCACCUCUGCUCUAUCCAAACCAGGAAGCACAAAAACCAACCCAUUCGGUUUCAAUGUCACCCUCACAAACAAAGUUAAUCUACCUGGGCUCAACACAUUGGGCCUGACACUGGCCCGAGUUGAUAUAGCCGAAAACGGCAUCGUUCCACCCCACUCUCACCCAAGGGCCUCUGAGGUAACCAUUUGUCUCCAAGGUUCGGUUCUUGUGGGCUUCGUGGACACGUCCAAUCGUCUGUUUACUCAGACACUCAAUGAAGGUGAUUCGUUUGUGUUCCCAAAGGGUUUGAUUCAUUUCCUUUAUAAUCGUGAUCUGAACCAUCCAGCGUUUGCUUUGUCUGGGCUUAGUAGUCAAAACCCAGGUACACAAUUAGCGGCACUCGCUUCCUUCACUUCCAAACCCGCAAUUCCCAAUGAGAUUUUGACCAAAGCGUUUCAGAUUAGUGACCAAGAUGUUAACAGGAUAAGGAAGAACCUUGGAGGUUAGAUUAUUUUAUUCCCUAGCAAGCUGAGAACGAUUGAUUGAGAAGAAAAUAAUAUUUAUAAAAAAUAAAAAAACCAUUUUAUAUUUUCUUUUCUAUUCAAACCAAAUAUUAAACUCUCCAAGUGGCUCAUAUGGUAUGUGUGUUUUAUUUGUGUACAUAUAUACACAAGUCCGUACUUCGUAUCUCCCUUCUUUUUCUUUUUCUUUUUUCUUUUUUUGCCCUUUUCUUCUCCUUUUUGGGUGUUGGAGAAAAGUGUUCAAUCUUUAAAAUAAAUGUGAAAAUAAGGUUAUAUUUAGUGGUAGAAUUUCAAAUAAAAGUGUAUUGACCUGCGUCGCAAUGCCAUCACUGCUAGUGCUAUACCAAUAUUUAACAACUUUGUGGUGCACUUGUUUUUUUUUUUUU